CACUCUGUUCUCCUCACCCUCUCUGGCUCGCUGUAUCCUCCGGAGUCUCCCCGGCCGUGAGUUAGCGCUACCAGACUGAAAUACCUCUGGGCACUUCCUAAUGUCACGGAGGUCUUUCAGCGCUGUAUCUUCCCCUUCUCUCCGUUAUCUCCUUUUUCGCUGUGUCGGAGGCCGUGGAUGUUUCAGUGUUGGUUGUGAACAACAAAAGUGUUACUGCGGCCGUUACAUCACAAGAUUUCUUCUAAUUUGCCACAAUAAUUCCUCACAACUUCAGUCACCCACAGUCUGGACACACAGGGCAGAUGGCAUGUAGGAGGAAACGGUUCCUUCAACGACAUGGCUCCCAGAAGUACCACUUUGGCAGCCGCUCUCUGCUGCUUCAUCCUGGCCACACUCGGUCCAGGUCCAGCUGAAUGUGACUAUGCGAACAGAGGUUGUUGUACAAGUUACAGCAGGAACCCGGUGCCAUUCCGAAACAUAGUGGGCUAUAAAGAGCAAACCAUCAAGGAAAACUGCCGCAUGGAAGCAAUCAUUUUCUACACCAUUAAGGGGAAUGCAAUAUGUGCCGACGAAAAGGAUGAGUGGGUGAAGAAAACUCUGAAGUUCCUGAGCAUAAAGCUGAAGAGGAUGUCUAAGAGUAGGCUGAUUGCAAGUGGAACAUUUCAGAAGAAACCUGGAAAGCUUCCAGUGCAAGAUGGAAGUGGAUAUCUCGUCAAUUCAACAGAGGUUUUUCUGAAUGACACCAGAAGCUUUUACUAGCAAAGAAUAUGGUUAUUGAAUUAACGUCUGGCAACAUUUGAAUCUGUGUUAUAAAUAGGGCCAAUUGUGAAGUUUAAGUGAAGUUGAUGCUCAUGCAAUUUAGCCCUUUUCAUUAUAUAAUUUCUUGCAAAAUGUCCGCAGGGACUGUGUACUCUGACCCUAAAUAUGUCUUUUUUUUAAUUGCUUUUAGCAUUGCUGUGCAAAAAUCACAACUAUCACAACUUUUGUCUAAAAAGAGCUUUAUUUUUUAGUUGGUUUGGAUUUCUAAGCUGCACAACAUGUAAAAAUCUUUCUUUUAUUGAAAUUUCAAUAAAAAAGAUUGUUGAUUAAAAAAGAGCUUUGACACGACCGUUA